UUGCGCGGAUUUGUGGGCGGGCGGGGUUGACUCGGCCGUGCUCCUGGGCUGGAAUCCUGAGCCUGUGCGGUUGCCAGGGUGACGGGACUACAACAUGGCCCGCUGACAGCUCUGCCGGGAGGGGUGGGCGCUGCAGAGAAGGCCUCAGCCUUUCCCUCCCCGCUCCCACACCGCUGAGAGCCGCAGAAUGAGCAAAUAUAAACCAAUUGGUAAAAUUGGCGAGGGAACGUUUUCUGAUGUUUUGAAGACACAGAGUCUUAGGGAUGGAAAUUACUAUGCAUGCAAACAAAUGAAACAGCAUUUUGAAAGGUAAGUAUAGUUGCUCAUACUAUUGCCCCAAACUGGAAAAACUUUGUUUACAUUUCAUGGGGAAAUAAAUAUAAAUUUAAGACUGAAUAUAGGUUUCAUGCAUAUUAGAAAAUGUGUUUGCAUUUAGAAAAGAGGAACAGGAGGCCUGAUAAUAGCAAAUUAUUACUUGGCAUUGUGCUUACUACCAAGUAGACCCACUGAUGUCACUCUCUGCAGUAAAUUCUAUAUCUACUUGUCAACUGGAUUAAGAUCAGGAUUAGGGAGGGAGAAGCACUGGGGGUUUUGUUCGUUCCUAUCUACUUUAAUGAAUAUUUCUUUCUGUCACUACUCUGGUCUGGUUGGAUUUUACAUUGUAAAUUAAUUCGUACCAGAAAGGAAAAGGAAAAUAUGUAUGAACUCAGUUGUGUCCUUUUCCUUACUUCCAUAAAUCAAUUAAUAGAGGAAGAUGGUGUAAGGAACACCCUCUUUAACCAUUGUCAGUUUCACUUUAAAAUGUAUUUUAUUGUGGAUUCUGUAACAGUAGAUCAUCUUCUCUUCCUAUUUUGUUCCUCUUCAUAGUUUGAAUUUGCCCUUAUUCGCAUUUGAUUGUGUCCUCUAAUUGUGGGCAACACAAGUCACAGUGGGAGCUCUUUCUUAUUAGGAAAAUGGCAAAAUUGGGUUCACUGCAUGCCCCACACACAGCAUUCUCAACCAAACCAAGGCACGUAACCUCUAACCUUAGCAUAGGGUCACGGUCAUCCAUCAGACACAUUCAUUUCCUAUUGAUCUCAGUGUAAGUUGCUUUAUAGCAGUUGAUGCUGCCUCUACUGCUUUGAAAAAAAUUCAGGUUUGAUUCAGUACUUUGCUGCUGCACAGAUUAAGAAGUAAAAAAAAAAUUGCAGAGAUUAAGGAAGAGUGAAUUUAAAAACACAAAUCCAUCCUUUUCCUUUAAAUGGAAAAAAAAAUUAGCCAAAGUCAGUGAAUAUAAACUUUCUAUUGUACCCACUUUGUGCUGAUCAUUAGUCUAAUAGAGCAUAAACUCAGUGGACCUGGUCAGCUGAAGAAACAAGGUGUAUGUAAAAGUGGUCCCUUCCUUAGUUACUCUGGGCAGCUCUACACUACUGGGCAGCUCUACACUACGGGCCAGAUCGACGGGACAGCGAUCGAUCCAGUGGGGGUUGAUUUAUCACGUCUAGCAACUGCCAAUCACUGUCCCGUUGACUCCGGUACUCCACCUCAACAAGAAGCUCAAGGGGAGUCGAUGGGAGAGCAUCUCCUAUCAACACACUGCUGCAAGGACACUUUGUAUCGAGCAAGUGAAUAAUCUGCGAGAAAUACAAGCACUGAGGCGACUGAAUCCACAUCCUAAUAUACUUAUGUUACACGAGGUGGUUUUUGACAGAAAAUCUGGCUCUCUUGCACUAAUAUGUGAACUUAUGGACAUGAAUAUUUAUGAGCUAAUAAAAGGGAGGAGAAAGCCAUUACCUGAAAAAAAAAUAAUGAACUACAUGUACCAGUUAUGCAAAUCCCUUGAUCACAUGCACAGAAAUGGAAUAUUUCAUAGAGAUGUGAAACCAGAAAAUAUAUUAAUAAAGCAAGAUACCUUGAAGUUAGGAGACUUUGGAUCUUGUAGAAGUAUAUAUUCCAAGCAGCCAUAUACAGAAUACAUCUCUACACGCUGGUACCGAGCACCUGAGUGUCUGCUCACAGAUGGCUACUAUAGCUACAAAAUGGACAUGUGGAGCUCUGGCUGUGUUUUCUAUGAAAUCACAAGUUUCCACCCUCUUUUUCCUGGAUGUAAUGAAUUGGACCAGAUAUCAAAAAUCCAUGAUAUUCUAGGCACCCCUGCUAAGAAAACUCUUAAUAAAUUCAAACAGUCAAGAGCUAUGAGAUUUGAUUUUCCAUUUAAAAAAGGGACAGGACUAUCUCCACUUGUGCCUAAUAUCUCCCCCAAGAGCCUCUCCCUUAUGUAUGCAAUGAUAGAAUACGAUCCUGAUCAGAGAAUUGGUGCCCACCAAGCAUUACAGCAUCCUUAUUUCCAAGAGCUGAGAGUAGCAGAGAAGCAAGCUUUAACUAUGCACAGAAAAAUGCGAUUAGCAGAAAACAUAGUGGGACAAGAACCUAUCAACUUGUGGAAUAUUUCAAAAGAUGGUCAUAGGCAGCACUCUCUUAGGAAAACCCAGGACAAUCCAAUAAGAUAUCAUGAACCACCAUAUGCGAUAGAAUUGCCACAACUGAGUGUUUCUGGAGUAACCAAAUUGACUUCUUAUCCUAUUCCUACAUUUCAUUCAGUUUUUACUACACCUGCAACAAAUGGUGAAGUUCCUCUGUUACAACAUAUUAAAUAUAUUGGGACAAAUCACAAGUCUGAAAAACAAAAGGAAUUUAAACCUUCAAUGAAACAAUACCAUUUACCCACCAUACAAAGAAGAGGUGGAGGAUAUUGACCAUCUUGUCAAAUAUUUGGAAUGUAAGGAAAAGCAUGAAUAUGCAGUGAAACAGAUUCAGCCAUGCUUUCUCUAUUAUUGUCAAAGGUACACCAAAAGCAAUAGUGCCUUAUCAUUUGUUUCCCAGAAAUGCUGCAGGAAAAUUCUACAAGACUGUUAGCACUUUAUUUCUGAACCUACAUCAAUAUUUAAGCACCAUUUUGGAAGCUCAAAAUGCACUUUAUACUUCAGUCCUUUUACACAAAUUAGCUUUUUUAAUUUUUUUUAAAAACAUGGAUUUAGGAAAACAAAACAAAAUUUAGGAAGUUUUAGUUUGAGUGCUAGAAAUAAUAUUUUGUAAUUUUUUAUAUUAUCUAUAAAAUAUAAAGUUUAUGAUGUUAUUUAAGACUUGUUGAACUUGAUCUGUUAAUUUUGUACCUUUAACAGAUAAAAAUGUUAGUUGCCUAUAGUCAAUGUUGGAAAAUAAUUACCUCCUGUGUUACAUAGAUAGUUUCAAAGCUCAGGUCUUGUUAAUAUUUUGUGAAUUAUGAUAUAGCGAAACACCCAAUUUUAGUAAAAUUAAACUGUUUUAAUUAUAUUUGAAAUUUGUGUAUACAAAAGAUAGCUGUACAAUUUCUUAUUUGUCUGAUUCACAAGCAAAUCUAUCUAUCAUUUGUGUCCUUUUCUUUUUUAAACCAUGCUUCUGUAUUAACCAAAAGCUUUGCUGGGUUUGGGGACUGGAUGAUUAGUUUGUUGAAAUAAUCAUCAAUGGUAAAGAAAUAAAAUGUGCAUUUAGACCA